AACAACAACAACAACAAUAGAGGCAACACUAUUAAGUGAGUGCCAGAAGGAAGGAAGGAAAAACGGGCUGGCAAAAAGCGUUUAGGAAAAAGUCAAAGUCACUGCGCCCACAGGACGAAGGAUACAUCCACGAACGUGGCACAGGUGUGACCCCCAACUAUAACGACACAAUUUAUGUUACUACAACUCGCAGUUGUGGCAAACUAAAUGCUUAAAUGCUGCACAGUCCAGAGCACUCACAGGCCAGCUAGUCGUAGAGUUUCCAAUGCAGGCAGCUGAUGGACCCGGCAUUAUGCCACCGCCAGCAUCCGCCGAAUACGAUGCGGCGCCGAUCAACACCGAUCAGUUUCUGGCCAGCGUCACGGGUCAGAGUCAGGAGGAGGAGCAGGCGAUGCGCUACGAAUUGGCCGACACCACGGGCAGCACACUUAUGCCGCUGCUCUACGAUGCGGGGCAGCAACUGCUGCUGUUCAACUACACGACGACACACAACAGCAACUAUGAGAAUAUGCACAACACUUACAGCAACGUGAAUGGCAGCCAUGCGGAUCUGUUUCCCAUGUACGAUGAGAUGCCCGAACCGAAUUGGACGCGAACCUGUGAAGAGGAGUACAGACCCCAUCUGCAGGAAACCCGCAUUGAGUUCUGGGUAUGCGGAGUUAUACUCAACAUUGUUUGCGUGCUUGGACUGCUGGGCAAUGUGAUAUCAAUGAUUAUUCUGUCGCGUCCUCAAAUGCGCAGCAGCAUCAAUUAUUUGCUCACGGGUUUAGCUCGCUGUGACACGAUGCUGAUCAUUAGUUCAAUGCUGCUCUUUGGCAUACCUUCGAUAUAUCCCUACACAGGGUAUCUCUUUGGCUACUACAACUACGUGUAUCCGUUCAUCUCACCUGCCAUGUUUCCCAUCGGCAUGAUUGCGCAGACUGCGAGCAUUUACAUGACAUUCACCGUGACACUCGAACGCUAUGUGGCUGUCUGUCAUCCGUUGCGGGCACGUGCUCUGUGCACUUAUGGACGUGCCAAGAUCUAUUUUAUUGUGUGCGUCUGCUUUGCGUUGGCGUACAACAUGCCGCGCUUCUGGGAAGUGCUCACCGUUACGUAUACGCCACCGAACACGACGCAAGUGCUGCACUGUGUGCGUCCAUCGCCAUUGCGUCGCAAUCCCGCCUACAUCAACAUCUACAUCCAUUGGUGCUAUCUGAUCGUCAACUAUAUCAUCCCGUUCCUCACGCUGGCGAUCUUGAAUUGCUUGAUCUAUCGACAGGUGAAGCAUGCGAAUCGCGAGCGUCAGCGUUUGUCGCGAUCGGAGAAGCGAGAGAUCGGCUUGGCCACGAUGCUGUUGUGUGUCGUGGUUGUGUUCUUCAUGCUGAACUUUAUGCCACUGGUGUUGAACAUCUCGGAGGCAUUCUACGACACGAUCGAUCCGCCUUUGACGAAACUCUCGAAUCUGCUGAUCACGAUCAACAGCAGCGUCAACUUUUUGAUCUACAUCAUCUUCGGGGAGAAGUUCAAGCGCAUUUUUUUACUCAUUUUUUUCAAGCGACGCCUGAGUCGUGACCAACCGGAUCUUAUACACUACGAGAGCUCCAUAUCGAACAACGGCGAUGGCACGAUCAACCAUCGAUCGUCCGGCCGCUUCUCACGUCACGGCACCCAACGCAGCACCACAACCACCUACCUGGUGACCACGGGGGGCGGCGGUGGCGGACUAGGCGGGGCGAACAACAGCUCGAUGAACAGCGUGCGACUCACUCAGGUGUCCGGAUCGCCGGGUCUGGUGAAGAUCAAACGGAAUCGCGCUCCCUCGCCGGGUCCCGUUGUCUACUAUCCGGGACCGCGUGAACUUCAGCGUUCCGUCUCCACCACGAAUUCGACAACCAACAAUAAUACAGCGCUCGGCUUGGAUUGGACUGUGGAUGGCAAGAAGUUGGGCCAUGUGUCGUCUGGGUUCUAAACUCUAGUCAUAUAUAUAUAAUCUGUAAAUACGGAAAAUAUAUACAAACAACAAAAAUAUGUUAUAAACUUACUUAAAUUACAAUAUACUAUAUGAUUAACUGAGCGCGCCAAGCGUCGCGUUACUUUGUGAUAAGCGUUAAGUGUUACUAUCUCUCUUCUCUCUCUCUCUUCCUCUAACUUUCUAUCACAAAAAAAGGACAGCAAACUCUUGACAACACACUCAAUCGAUUAUCAAAUUAUCAAUCAAUUGUUUACGCUAUUUUAUCAUCCAGCUAGCAGUUUUCUAAAUGAAAGACUGACUUCCAUAAGUCCAGGUUGAGCAGUUAGCUUUAGUCGAUUUGCUAGACUGAUACAUACUACAUAUAUAUGGAAACUAGAGCUAGAGAAAGUCUCUCUCAACUUUUACUAUUAAGUGUGCAAGAUUUAACAAGUACGUCCUAGAUAUAUGUGAUAAAAAUAACAUCAUAGAAACACAAAGGAAACUCUUCGGUCAACAUUACAGAUUGUGUUUAAUUAAUUGCCAAUUUGUCUAACAAAUUCCUUUCGAAAACUUUCUAGUCGUGUGUUUGACAAGACUUUGCUGUACUUUUUUUAGUUGAUUGCAAAACAAAAAUAACACAAAACCCUUUUUGAUUAUUUGCGAGCUUCUUCUGUCUGUUACUCAAUCAAUUGAAUUUGUUACAAUUUUGCACUAAAUUAAGCUGUACAACUUUUUCGUACGCCAUAGAUAAUAGCAAAGCAAAAUACAAAAUACAUAUAUAAAAAAAAGGGGCAAGUCCGGAAUGCGGCUGACCCAGCAAUGUUUCGAGGCGAAAAACUUUUAUUUAUUAGCGUCAAGUUUUCGCUUUUAAUUAAAUAUACUUUCUGCACUGCAUUUUUCAACCAAAACUUGAUAAAUGAUUUUCGUUUCUUUUCAUCUUCUGUUCAUCAUCCGACCUUUCUUUCUUUGCCGAUUGGCUGACCUUAAAUUAGAGAGAAAAAAAAGUUUUAUAUUCUUUUUUUUGUUAUCGAUAGCAGUUCAUAUUUUUUGUCGAUUGGACUUUGGAUGCGACGCUACAAAUAUGUCAAGUUGUCAGGAAAAAGUUGAAAAGUUAAACCCAAAGUUCACUUAACAAAAGAAGGACCAUAAAUUCGAUUAAAUGGCUCGUUUUGCCCCAAAGAACUCAACUCAUCAACACAAGUAGCUCAAUUUAACAUGUUUACACACACACACACACACACACACACAUACGCUUUUCUAUGGUAAAAGACAUUUUCAGGUGUUCAGAAAUUGAAUUUAUUUAAACUUUACCUCCCAACAACAACGUUGCUACUCUAUAAACGAAACUAAUUUGUAAAUAACUAAUAUACAAUAUAUAUUGAUAAUUACAUUAGCUAAUGCAAAGCAUAAAUGGCAUAAAAAACACAUACAAAAAUAAUGAAAUUCGAAUUACAUUUAAAUUAGCUUUAGUUUAGUUUUAAUCGAAAACACUCAAGUUAAAUAUAUUUGCUCGAGAGAUUCAAUAAAAACAUACAUUUAAAAAU